AUGGUUUUCAGUCCAUGCCCUCGAGGUCAGCGAUCCAAAGGGUCGGCGAAUAAUGCAGAAGACGUUAUGCUCCCUAUUGAUCUAGCCCACCAAGAUCGUCCAACUCGACCAAGUUCCGCUGCCGUGGGUAAUCUCAGCGAGGAAAGACUCGCCUUUGAGGAGAUUUUCCGUCCAUCAACACGUCGGACGGGCAAUCCAGAGACGGAAAUUACGCCUGGAUCUCAUCAGUUUCCAAAGACCGCAGCCAAUCGAACGAUACAUAUUCGCCCCAAGGCCAGUCGGAUUAGCUUAAUCCAGCUGUCUCAUAAGAUACGAAGAAGGCUUUCUAGGGAAUCGCAAUUGUCGAAGAAGUCCUCCAAGAUAUUUAAGGGACGCGGAGUUACACUCCAGGGUGGUGAUCAAAAUGUAAAUCCGGCUGUCGGUGUGGAUAUCACGACGAAUAAUGAUGCUGAGUAUGACAGUGAUGCACGUUGUAUUUUAACUCCUCAAAUUACAGAGCGUAUCGCAGGUGGUAUAAUUGGUUUCAUCAGCAAACCGGACACUCAAAGCCCCGAGCGUCCCUUAGACAUCAACCAUGAUAUGUUUCCCACAGGACUUGACGGAACCUCGUCCGCAAUCUGGGAUGAAGCAUCUAACCCUGAAAAAGAGGUAACCACCGGCAAUUUAGAGUCUUUACCAGAAAAUAACGGAGGACUUUUCAACUUCGACACAUCCGAGGACGGUUUCAAGCCACAUGUCGAAGCUGAAUCCCAGAGAUCCACACCCACAUCCACUGCUGGUUCAUACUUCCCAGAAAAUUCUAUGAAGCCUGCAGGCGCUAAAUAUCUCGAUAGAGUCCCACGCUUUGAAUCAUCUUUGUCUAGAUUCUCAUGGGAGUCGGAUGUGGCUCGCACGAAUGGUCUUAGUCCGCCAUCGGAUUUCCAGCUAGAGUUAUCCCCGCCGAAAGCUGGCCAUGUCGCUGCGGCGUCUGGUGGAAAGGCAGCAGUUAGCGGCGGAUACUUUGAUCUAUUCAACGGCAAACAGCUAAGCUCGGAAAAGACUCCAAAUGCUACUAGCCAAGACUCCUUUGCUUGUCCACGCAAUAACAAAUAUCGGACUGAAAGCAGAUUCAUCGAGAAUUUCGUUGAUAUACAUUCCAGUAGCGCUAGCGAUUCAGCCAUUCAGAGCUCCAAUGGCAUCCAAAAAUACACGAACAUGAGAAGCAUCAGCGAUGGAUGGCUGUCUGAUGGGAAGCGUCGUGGUUACGGCUAUCGUUUUGUGAUGGAAGAUAAUGGAAAACCCCCAAACUCAGAAACAAGCGAUAUAAUGCAGCUAAUUUAUCAAGAAUCCACACCUGAGACCGAUCUACGUGACCUAGUCGAGUUUACGGGCAGAGAAAAAAGUUUAAAAUGCUUUUCACAAGCUUCCGGUGAAUCAAUUGUCACCAGGAAUCAGGCACAAGGGCCGGUCGAGUCGCACUGCAACGAAGAUCUGAACGUUGUCAGUUGCGGGGAACUCGCGGUGUCAGAGAGGAACCUCUUUGAUAGUGAUAUUAGCAAAGAACCCUUCUCGUCGUGGGCCAGGUUCCCAAGCCGUUCUAAGAUUUCGAGAAACGGAUCUGCUGGGCGUUCCGAUAACGUUGCUGCUUGUGACUUUGCAUCCAUAGAUACGCCCAAGGACAGCCAAGACACAAACUCGCCCCCAUUACCAAGAAUCUCAAACGACAAAUCCGAUUCAUUGCCUUCUAUUAAAAAGGGUAUGGGGUUGUUCAACUGGGUUAGAUUACAUCGUUCCGAUUCCGUUGAUCGCCGACGAUAUCGGGCAGGCCAUAGGAGGGAAACCUCCAGGAGCGACGACUUGAAGGAUCCGGAUCUUGAAAUUAUUCCCGGAGGACCAACCGGUCAACUUAUUCUUGAGCAAAUUGGAGAUAUCAGAAGCGAAAUUAAGCGGCAUAAUCAGCAGCUGAAAGCUCGGGGAUCAAACGAGAGGGUAAGUGAACAGCGGACUCCAUGGAGCAGGAUGCUCGACCCUGCUCCUCUGGGAUCGCGUCUACCAUGCCGAUUGGGUUUCUCUACUUUCGGUGGGAGCGGCAUGAAUGCUCCCACAGAUCCAUGUUCUGCAGAUGUCUGGUCACGUUUGUAUGAAGAUUGUAUCGGGUUGUUCUCUGGCGACGACGAUGUUACAUUUAAUCAUGGGACGGAAGAAGGACUUGAGAAGGUCCUGAUUGAUAGUGAGGGGCAUCGUCGGGUAUCCAGAAGCAUGGAUCUCCGCGAUUCAACUGUGGACUUCAAAGAAGAGCAACUUUUGAACGAAGUGGGCUCGAAGGAUGGUCUGUUGAAACUUGUUGAGCAGACGUGGGGAACAGAGUAG